UUUAUUGAAAUAUAUUUAUAAAAUUUUUUUAAAUUAAAAUAGCAUUAUUUAUGAUAGAUUUAUGUCUUAUUUCAAAAGAUAAAGAUGUAAAAUUCUCUUAGAAACCAGCAGCCAUGUUUGUUCCUUGUCAUAAAUACAGAUGGAGUAUCUAAAAAAGUCUUAUAAAAGUUUACUUAUAUUCUGUAUGAUUUGAUUGAUCUUGAUUGGUGUAAUUAUAAAUGAAGUGAUAAUACAUAUCUGUAUAAAUGGUGCGACAAGUUCGAAAAUCUAAUACAGUGACAUUCAAGAGUUUGUCAUUAAAUGGAUCAUUUUUAUUUUUUAACCGUCGAAGGAAAUUUAUAAAAGAAGGAAAAUGUUAAAUCAAGCUGUAGUCGAAGCUUUAUAUUCUGCAACAUAUAUUGAAAAUUAUUUAGAUUGUGUGGAAAACUUACCAAAUGAUUUACAAAGACAUGUUUCCCGGCUUCGAGAACUUGAUGCCACUUGUCAAACAUAUUUACGGGAGGUAGAUCAACAACAAGAAGCAUUGCGAAAUGAUUCAGAUUUGACAGUUAAAAGAAGAGCACUUUUAAGACUUCAACAAGCCUUGAUUGCAGCACAAGAAAUAGGAGAUGAAAAAUUGCAAAUAGUUCAACAAGUUCAAGAUCUUAUUGAAAAUAAAUCCAGACAAUUAGAUUUAGAUUAUCGUAAUCUUGAUUUUGGAAAAGAACAAGAAAAUAAUGAAUCAAUCCGUGAAACAAAUGCAAAUGUGACUUCUAAUUCUUCUGGCAAUGCAAAUAAUUCAGAAAGACAACCAAAAAGAGCUAGAAGGACAAGAACAGAGACAAUGGUUGAAUCUUCCAAUACUAUGGAUAUGAUUGUAAUGACAGAAACACGUUCAAAUUCUUUAUCAAAUACAAGUAAUGGUAAUCAAAAGAAAACAACUACUACUAAUACUGGCAAGAAAAAGAAAAGGAAAUCUAGACAAGGUAAUCAGCAAAAUCAACAUCGUGAAGAUACUCCACCACCACCAGAGGAUGAUCUUGCAAUAGAUCCAGAUGAACCAACAUAUUGUCUCUGUGAUCAAAUAUCAUAUGGAGAAAUGAUAUUGUGUGAUAAUGACUUAUGUCCUAUAGAAUGGUUCCAUUUUUCAUGUGUUUCAUUAAGUACCAAACCAAAAGGUAAAUGGUUUUGUCCAAAAUGUAGAGGAGACAGACCAAAUGUUAUGAAACCUAAAGCUCAGUUCUUAAAAGAAUUAGAGAGGUAUAAUAAGGAAAAAGAAGAAAAAUCGUAGCAGGAGAAAAUUGGUGAGCAAUUUAAAUACUUUGGAAGACUUAAUUCAAUUUAAAGACAGCUUCUAUGAUAUAUUUUAUUAAAUACUUUCUGAAAUCUUAUUAAGCAGAUUGAUUUGUGAUUUGUGAAUUAAUGAAAAAAAAUAAUAGUUUCAUAAAAAAAAAAAUAUAUGAAAUUAUUCUGUUAUUAAAUAUAUAAUUGUAUAGAUAUGCGUGUGAACUAUCAUAUAAUCAACUACAGUAGCAGAUAAAUUAUAUUUGUAUAAUAUUGGCUAUUGUAAAUAUUGUGACAAAACUAAAUAAUUACAGUAAAAUAGAUACUUUAUAAAAAAAUGUUUUAAAAUUGCUUUAUAUUUGUUCAAAAUUGAAAAAUUAAUGGGCCUCUAUACUCUUGAGCAAUAAUAUGUGUGUAAAUACCAUUUAUCUAUGGUAAUUAUCUAAAAUAUAAUA